AUGGAUGAGCUUGUGACUUGUUCAAUAGAUUGUCAAAAUAAGUCAAUUUAUGUAUGCGAUUGCUCGGAUAAAGGGGUCUUUAUAUGCAAUAAUCAUCUUGGGAUGCAUGUAGAAUCAGCUGGGAAACAUCAUUUUACUCGAAUAAUUAAAAAUCCAGACCUACAAACCAAAUUACUAUUUCUAAAUUUUUGAAAAACUUAA